AUGGCUUUAUUCUUCGAAAUUUUCGAGAACACGACGAAUAUUUUGAAUUUCAUUUCUUUGUUCUUGAAAGUUUACAAAAAUUACCCAGAAAAAGUUGGUCCAAAAUUGUUACUUUUCACCAGAAAUCUUUUUAUUCCAUGGAAGAAUUAUUUCGAUAUUUUCGAGACGAUGAGAGAAAAAGAGAUUUCUUCAUUUUUAUAUAAUGUUUCUCAGAACUUUUUAUCGGUUUUUCCAACGAUUAAUUUGUCACAUUUUCCAAAUUGUGAGAACAUACAAAUUAUUUACCAAGAAUUCCUUAAUUUCUGUUUAGUUAUAUGCACAAGGGUUAUUAAGAACAAUAGUGUGUUUUAUCCAUUAAUUCAAUCAAUAACUGAUACGAAACUGAUUGAAACAGCCAUUUUCUCAUCAAUCUCAAAGAAAUGGUUGGAAAAAGUGAAUUAUUUGAUAAAUAAAAUAACGGUUUUGGUUUACAAUGACGAAAAAACUGUUAUUCAACCUUCAGAACAAACUUGGAAAGAACUUGUCAAAAUUCCUUUCAAAUUUGACGUUGUUUUGCCAACGGUUUUGUCAUCUGUCAUGUCAAUGUUAAGUUUCACGAAUACAUUCAUUGAUGAGUUCAGGUUGAAGUUCACUAACUUAGCUUUUUCUGAGAAUUCUGUUGCUUUAGAUUAUUUACAAAGUCCUGCAAAAAGUCAUACUGUUUUUGCCAGAAAUUUAAUGAAUAGUUUGCAUGAAGAAUUAAGGAAAAUACUUUCAUUAAUGAGUGGCAAUUAUGUCCAGAGAGUUUUGAACAUUGCAUAUGUUGCAAAUUCCAUUGUGAAGAACAAUGAAGAAAUAGCGAAAAAUGAUUCAAAUGGAGAUAUUUCUAUUAUGUUUUUCUGUUUCCUUAUGACUGAUUCUAUUUCAACCAACAAUAAGUUCAAAGAACUCAGUCUCUCCAUCUUUGAAUUCAUUAAUGCGAUAUCUUCACAAUUAGAUCUAACUAAGAAAUAUAAUAUCAUUCUUCUUUUAACAGAUGUUAUGGCUUAUAAUUUGAGAAAUCUCACAAAUGAUGUUGUUUUGUCAAAUGCUGUCAAAAGUUAUUCAUAUUUGACAGAAAAUUUCCAAUUCUACAAAGAGACAAAACAUGCUUCGGUGUUUUCAACAUACAUGGCUGCAAGAGAAGAUAUAUUUUACAUUCUUAGAAUUUUGAAAAGAACCGCUUUGGAACUCACAAAAUUGAAACAAGAUGUCACGUUUUUAGAAAAAACUUUUUCGAAUAUUUUACAUAAUAAUUUUGAUUUAUGUAGUGAUUAUUUCUUUGAUAUACUGCAGUCUACUAUUAUUGAUAAUCUCUCUGUUAAUAUAAUUUCACAGAUAACGAAAGAAGAAAUUUUAAAUCAAAAUCCAAAAGUUGAAGAUGAUAAAAUUGUUUCAAAUUUUGUCACAUUUGAUUUCAAUGACAUUUUACUUGAAUUAAAUGAAUUACCAGAGUAUCAUUCAGCAGCUGUUGAUUAUGCAUGGUUCUACGGAAAGAAUAGACAAUUGUUAGAUUUUGUUGUCAAAAAUGGAAAUGAAAGAGUGAAAAAUCUCUUUUUCACAGCUUAUUUGCAAAGAUGCGGUGCUGAUAUCGAUUACAAGAAGAUCAUUUCUGCAUACGAAAAAGGAUCUGCAAUUGAUUUCGCUGAUAAAUUGAGACUCAACGAGGAAUUCGAAUAUUUCUUCAAAGAUUACGAAAAAAUUGAAGAUAAAUUGGCACUUUUCCAAACAUUCUUUAUUCUUUCGUUCUUUGCAACACCUUAA